UGAGAUCAUAAAAAAUUGAAAAUCGAAGAUUGUGAUAGUGAGAAUUGGGUAGAAAUAGAAGAAUGGAGAUGAGCAGGAAGAUGAUGAUUGUGGCGGGUAUGGUAAUGAUGUGGAUGGUGGUGGGCGGUGCGGCUAUUUCGUGCGGCUCGGUGAACGGCGCAGUGGCGCCGUGCAUCUCAUACUUGAGACCAGGAGGGGUUCUUUCGCCAGCGUGCUGCAGCGGGGUUAAGAACCUCAACAGCCAGGCUUCUACCACGGCCGACCGUCAGGCCGUCUGCCAGUGCUUGAAGAGUGCGGCUGGCGCCAUCCAAGGAAUCGACUUGGGCCGCGCCGCCGGCCUCCCCGGUAAAUGCGGCGUCAGCGUUCCCUACAAGAUCAGCCCCAGUACCGACUGCUCCAAAGUUCACUGAUCACCCUACCUCCUCCUCACGCACCACAACUACGUACUCUAUGUUAUACCACAAUAAAUAAAACACAGAAGCACCGCUGCCUUUUGCCUUUGGUCAUCCAAUUCCCAUUUCCAGGGAAAAGGAUCCCUCAUCAGUUGUCUUUCAUCUUACUUUCCCAGUUACUUCAGUCUAUGCACUAUGCACUUGCACUGUCCACUUUUUACUUAUAUGUAUUAAUUAAAAUUUCUUCUCUUUUCUCUUUACUAA